AAGAACAGGCUGAGCAGGUGGCGACGGAGGAAGGAAUCCGGAAUCCGUUCCUUCUUCCUCCUCCCUCCCUCUCUAUAAAUGGCUUAAGCCGCCGCCCUCCACAACUGUACUCCCAUCUCCUCGUCUCUAGCGAUUUGAGCUCCAGUUGGUUGUAGACAUUGUUGUAGGCCUAAAGCUGCGAUCUUGGGGGGGGUGAGAGAUGGGUUUCAAAGGCUUUGUGGAAGGUGGCGUCGCUUCCGUUGUUGCAGGGUGCUCCACCCACCCGCUUGACCUUAUCAAGGUCCGGAUGCAGCUCCAAGGGGAGUACGUUAGCCCGGCGGUCUCGGCCUUCCGCCCCGUCGUCGGUCUCCAUGGCACCGCUGGGGUCGCCAGUCUCCCUCACCACCACCCGGCCCUGCUCAAGCCACUGCGGCGUCCCGGGCCGAUCGCGGUGGGCGUGCAGAUCCUCCGCACUGAGGGCGCUGCCGCGCUCUUCUCCGGCGUUUCAGCGACCGUCCUCCGGCAGACGCUGUAUUCUACCGUGCGGAUGGGGCUCUACGACAUGCUGAAGGGGAAGUGGAGUCGGUCUGGUAACGACAGCCCUGGGUCGCUCCCGCUCCAUCGCAAGGUCGCGGCAGGCCUCUUCGCUGGCGGGAUUGGUGCCGUGGUGGGCAACCCCGCCGACGUGGCCAUGGUCCGGAUGCAGGCCGAUGGGCGCCUCCCUCCCUCCGAGCGCCGCAACUACAAGAGCGUCCUGGACGCCAUUGGGCGGAUGGCGAGGCAGGAGGGCGUGGCGAGCCUCUGGCGCGGGUCGUCUCUGACGGUGAACCGCGCGAUGAUCGUGACGGCGUCGCAGCUGGCCACGUACGACCAGGCCAAGGAGGCCAUCCUGCGGCGCCGCGGCGUGGGGGCGGACGGGCUCGGGACGCACGUGGCCGCGAGCUUCGCGGCGGGGCUGGUGGCGGCCGCGGCGUCCAACCCGGUGGACGUGGUCAAGACGCGGGUGAUGAACAUGAAGGUGCAGAAGGGUGCGGCGGCGCCGUACUCCGGAGCGAUGGACUGCGCCCUGAAGACAGUGAAGGCGGAAGGGCCCAUGGCCCUGUACAAGGGCUUCGUCCCCACCGUGUCUCGCCAGGGUCCCUUCACCGUCGUCCUCUUCGUCACGCUCGAGCAGGUGCGCAAGCUCCUCAGGGAAUUCUGAAGCCAAAACGGCGACUGAGCCGAUGGCAGAGAUUUACUGAUUGCCGAUGAUGACGAACAAGAAUGAUCUACAAUUUUGUAUACAUUUAUUGUAAGACAAACACAAUUUUCUUUUUCCUUUUUUUAUAUCUUUGUUUCUAUCAGUUUAUUGUUCUUGAAUAUGAUCUAGUGCGACCCCGUGGGUCAUCCAAGUUGGUAUGUGGUGGAUAUUGUCACAAUUGAAUAUGAUCUAGUGCGACCCCGUGGGUCAUCCAA